UUUUGCAAAUUAAGAAAAUAUUUGUUUAUGAAACGCACUUCUCAAGGUACCCGCAUAUGUGAGAGGGUCAGAUUAAAACCUCAAUAUGGCGUUUGACACCGACGCAAGAUUACAGCUUAUUGGGUCGUACACCCAGAAGACUCUGAAAAUCAAGAACGACAAAUGGGCGAAACUUCUCUCGCAGGACGAGCAGAAGCAGCUCAUUGUAGACUUUUGCGAAAAGGGGGACCAUGUCAAUCUGGUUAUGAUUGUACAGCCUAAUGGUAUUCCUCUACCUUUCUACGAGUUUCCAUCAACACUGAAAGGAAAAGCGGUAUACUUCGUGAAAAAGGGCAAGAUACCGCUGAGCAAAGGAAAGUUUAGAUCAGAAAUGAUCUAUGGCGACCUUUCAAAUUCUCCUUUGGAACAACUCUCUGCAUUAGUCGAUGAGCUGCUAGUUCCACUUCUCUCCAACAAGCGGAACCACGAAAACUGGCCAGCUGUGGUGUCUCAAGAUGUGCAGCGUCACGUGCACAAUCUGAAGAGCUCCGUCUUUGUGGUGGCUGGACAGGUCAAGGGCAAAACUCUGUUACCUUUACCUGUGGGUGCUGAAUCCUUCACCGAUAAUGACGACGACAAGGCUGAAAGACACUUGAGAAACUCCAUUCAUCAAAUUGAGGGAGUAAUUAUCGGGUGGAGUCAUCAAAUACACGAUGUUCUGAAAAGAAAGUCAGCUCAACCUCUGUUGGAGGGACUAAACCCCGAGCCAAUGGUGGAGAUCGAAUUUUGGGAGUCUAGAGCCAGAAAUCUGGAGUGCAUCUUUGAUCAGUUGAGGUCACAGAAAGUUAGGAAGAUGGCAGAAAUACUGGAGAGAACUGAGAGCAGCUACUUUAAUUCCUUCAAGAUACUUUUCCAAGAUGUAGUCAACGCACUAAAAGAGGCACGUGAGAUCAAUAUGUACCUGAAAGCCCUGAAGACAACAAUCGAGUCGGUGGAGGAGUCCGAGUUUGACCAGGUUGAGCCCCGGUUAGCUCCAGUCCUGCACACCUUGUGUUUAGUGUGGGCUAACAGUAGUCACUACAGGAUGCCAAGUAGGAUUAUUGUGGUGUUACAGGAGAUUUGUAACCUUCUUAUCAGGAUUGCAUCAGAGUAUCUGGGACCAGAAGAAAUCUUCAAAGGGGAAUCAGAUGAAGCGCUUACAAAGAUACGAUAUGUUAUCAAAGUGCUGGAAAAGUUCAAGGAGGACUUUGAAGAGAAGAGGACCGCACUGAAGGGAUACUUCAAGGAAACUGAUUUUGUACCCUGGGAGUUUGCUUCUAGUUUGGUGUUCCCUCGUUACAACUGCUUCUUGGGCCGUGUCAGACAACUCCAGGAUCUAGUUGAGACUACGAUCGAGUUUAACAGACUAGAGAAGGUAGAAAUUGGAGGAAUGAAGGGUAAAGCUCUGAGUAAACAGAUAGAAAACUUGUUCGGGGAAUUCACUGAGUUUGUCACUAUCUUCCAAAACAUCACCUACAACUGUCUGGACAUCAAGGAUCCGGCAUUCAAGAGGGAUUAUGACAAGUUCAUCGAGAAGAUUGAAUACUUAGACUUACGACUGGCAUCUAUUAUUAACCAAGGAUUUGACGAUUGUGGAUCUUUGGAGGCAAUAUUGAAGAUGUUGGACGCGUUUGGAACCCUGCUGGACAGGCCAAUCAUUAGGCGAAAUUCGGAGCCCAAGUAUCCUCUACUCAUCCAAAUGUACGAAGCAGAGCUUGACUCGACCAAGAAAAUGUUCGAUGCUCAAAACUCUGUAUUGAAGGAUACCCAAAACUUGGUGUUACACGUCAACAUGCCCUUCGUGGCUGGUGUACUGCAAUGGUGUCAAGGAAUGAGAGAAAGAAUAAGCUUAAUCAGAAACAAACUCGUACAACUCAAUCAUGGGGCAGUCGAAAGUGCAGAAGCUUUGAUAGUUUUCCAAAAGUACGAUCAAAUGAUGGAGCUCCUCAAAACGUUUGAGCGCACUAUUUACACUGACUGGACGAGCUCAGUAGGAGAAGUGUCAGAACUCAACUUGGAUCUUCCUUUGCUCACUAGGAGUGAAGAAAGUAAACUGAUCAGUGUCAACUUUGACCCACAGCUUGUAUCUGUACUGCGAGAGGUAAGAUACCUGGAAUCUCUGAAGCGUGAUGAUAUCGAGAUACCUGGAUCAGCUGCUGGCAUCUACUCUAAGAACGAUCUGUUCAGACAGUAUCUCGCUAAUUUGGAUCUUAUUGUAUCCAGAUAUAACAAAGUACGGGAGACUAUUCUAGAUGUGGAGUAUCCACUGAUCGAGGGACAACUAGGACAUCUAGACAUCCAACUUGACCGAGCCAUUACUAGUCUGAACUGGAAGAGCGAGGAUGUGUGGACCUACAUCGAAGAAACGCGGCACACAACUGGAAACCUGGAACAGCGAGUAUCCUCAGCUAAGGACAAUGUUGAAGCUAUGAACAACAUCAUGGCUAAGUGGUGCGACUAUCCUCUGUAUGAGAGGAAGGAGAAACGAGGCCUGCUCAAUCUAGAUGAUCGAGCAGCUAUGUUAGCACAACGUUACAACCUCAUUAAAGAAGAUGGAGUCAAGAUACAAGAGAUCGUAUCCACCAAUCUAACCCUGUUCAAAGCAACUGAGGACAGCGAUCACUGGAGGAACUAUCUUGAUUAUGUUGACGAUAUGAUCCUUGACGGCUUCUUCAACGCAGUCCAGUGUUCUCUUGCUUACCUGCUGGAGAAUACAGAACUUAAUGCUCCUGAUAUUAUGCCACUUAUGGAAGCUAGAUUAGAGCUGGCAAUUCCCGACAUGGUCUUUGUACCGUCUCUAGAGUUCGGCUCCGAGGACGGUUUCAUGGAACUGAUCGAGGGAAUUGUAGACGACGCGUACAAGCUGUCGUCGCUGAUUCCUCGUAUCGCUAAACACAACGGCAUGGACCAUUACCAGAUCGAGCUGGACGACAUGUUAGAUCUCAGUGAGAUGAGACAUGAUUUGAUGGAUAGAGUAACUGCUGUCAUCAACAAGGCAAUUGAGCAACGUAACCAGUUUGAGAACUACUCCUACCUGUGGACAGAAAACAGGGCUGAGUUCCUACGACAGUUCCUGCUCUACAACCAUGUCCUGACUCAAGAGGAGAUAGAGAAUGCAGGAGAGGAAGGAGUGCCUGAGUGCCGGCCCACUCUCGAGCAAUUCAAAGAACAGAUGGACACGUACGAAACGCUGUACGACGAGGUGGCUGCCCUACCCGACGUCUACGUGUUUGACCAGUGGUUCCGUCUUAGUAUCAGACCUUUCAAACAGAACCUCCUGAACGUAGUCCGAAAGUGGAGUCUCAUGUUCAAGACCCAUCUUAUUGAUCACGUGACCAACAGCUUGAAGAACUUACAGGACUUCAUCAAGGUUACCACUUCUGGUCUCACUGUUGAGGUUGAGGACGGUGACUACGAAGGAUUGGUUGCUUGUAUGGGUAACCUAUUAAACGUGCGGGACCGAACUGCCUUAACAGACGAGAUGUUCGAACCUCUUAAACAAACCAUAGACCUGCUCAAGAGCUACGAUCAUGAGAUGAGCGAAGAAGUUCACCAGCAACUUCAGGAGCUACCAGAGCAAUGGAACAACGUAAAGAAGCAGGGAGUAAUGGUGAAGCAACAGGUAGCACCAUUACAGGCCAACGAAGUUGCUAUUAUUCGCAGAAAGUGUACCUCAUUCGACGUCAAACAGCACGAGUUUAGAGAGAUGUUCCGAAAAGAUGCUCCCUUCAAAUACGCAGCAGAGAGUGUGUACGGUAACUUAGACGAGAUGCACGUUAAGAUAGCCGUUAUGGAGGAGGAGAUGCAGGGACUAGCUGACAGUGCUUCACUCUUUGAAGUUAACAUGCCCGAGUUCAAACAGCUCAAGGGCUGCAGAAGGGAGGUUAAACUCUUGAAGACAUGUUGGGACAUGACAGAGCUUGUUUCGAGCUGUUUCGACGACUGGAAGACCACCUUGUGGGACGAGAUCGAUGUCGAAACUAUGGAAGUGGAAUGUAAAAAAUUCGUGAAAGAAAUCAGAGGAAUGGACAAAGAAAUGCGUGCCUGGGAUGUCUACAGCGGUCUAGAGAGCAACGUGAAGAACAUGGUGACAUCUCUGAGAGCAGUGACUGAGUUGCAGAACCCUGCUAUCCGAGAGAGGCAUUGGCUGCAGCUUAUGCAGACCACUAAGGUCCGAUUUGUCAUGGACGACAAAACGACUCUUAACGAUCUUCUUGCUCUGAACCUCCACGAGUUUGAGGAUGAAGUCAGGAACAUUGUCGACAAGGCCACCAAGGAGCUGAACAUGGAGAAGGUACUGAAAGAGUUGGACGCUACAUGGAGCGUCAUGGAGUUCGAACAUGACGAACAUCUGAGAACAAAGACACCGCUCCUGAGGUCGUCCGAGGAACUUAUUGAGACCCUUGAGGACAACCAGGUUCAACUGCAAAACUUGAUGACCAGCAAGUACAUCGCUUACUUCUUGGAGGAAGUUUCAUCCUGGCAAACUAAACUCUCCACAGCCGACUCUGUUAUCCAGAUCUGGUUUGAGGUGCAGCGAACAUGGUCACAUCUUGAAUCCAUCUUCAUUGGAUCUGAAGAUAUCAGGAAACAGCUCCCUGAAGAUUCUCUGAGAUUUGAUGGGAUUGAUAGUGAUUUUAAGGAGUUGAUGGAGGCAGCAGUUAAGACUCCCAACGUGAUUGAAGCAACAAACAAGAAGGGACUCUUUGCUCUAUUAGAAGACAUUCAGGACCGUUUGGCUCUGUGCGAGAAAGCCCUGGCAGAAUACUUGGAGACCAAGCGUCUUGCUUUCCCCCGAUUCUACUUCGUAUCAUCUGCCGAUCUCCUGGACAUCCUGUCCAAAGGAAACCAGCCUCUCCUUGUUGCUAGACAUCUCUCCAAACUGUUUGAUAACUUGCACAGACUCAUGUUCAAAAUGGAAGAGGAAGGAAAAGAUGGAGAAGAACCUGAAGAAACGAAGGAGGCUCUUGGAAUGUACUCCGGAGAAGGAGAGUAUGUGGAAUUCAAGGAGCCUGUCUGGUGUACUGGUCCGGUGGAAACCUGGUUGCACAAGAUCAUGACAAUGGCUCAAGAUACCAUCAACAGCAAUGUUGCGGACGGUGUGGUUACCUACGAGGAGAAAGCCAGAGAUUUGUGGCUGUUCGACCAUGCUGCCCAGGUGGCACUGGCUGGCAACCAGAUCUGGUGGACCACUGAGGUAAAAAUAGCAUUUGGUCGUCUAGAAGAAGGUUACGAGAACGCUCUAAAGGAUUACAACAAGAAACAAGCUUCACAGCUGAUUACCCUGAUCAACCUGCUUAUUGGUGACCUGAACAAGGGUGACCGUCAGAAGAUCUGUACCGUCUGUACUAUCGACGUGCACAACAGAGAUGUGGUGGCUAAACUCAUCACAAUGAAGGCGGAGAACGCUCAGGAGUUCGCUUGGCUCAGUCAGAUCAAACACAGAUGGGACGAGAAACAGAACACGUGCUUCGUGGAUAUCUGUGAUGCUAUCUUCAGAUACUCUAACGAAUACCUGGGUAACACUGCUCGUCUGGUCAUCACACCUCUAACAGAUAGGUGUUACAUCACUCUGACUCAGUCUCUCCAUUUGACUAUGUCCGGAGCCCCUGCCGGACCUGCUGGAACCGGAAAGACGGAAACCACCAAGGAUCUGGGCAGAGCUCUGGGCAUCAUGGUGUACGUGUUCAACUGCUCCGAACAGAUGGACUACAAGUCUAUUGGUAACAUCUACAAGGGUCUAUCUCAAUCUGGGGCCUGGGGUUGUUUCGACGAGUUCAACAGGAUCUCAAUUGAAGUGCUAUCAGUGGUAGCAGUCCAGGUUAAGUGUAUCCAGGAUGCUAUCAGGGAUAAGCUGGAGAGGUUUAUCUUCCAGGGCGAGGAGAUCAGUCUGCUGCCCACAGUAGGAAUCUUCAUUACUAUGAACCCUGGUUACGCUGGCAGAACUGAAUUGCCUGAGAAUCUCAAGGCUCUCUUCAGGCCGUGUGCUAUGGUUGUCCCUGAUUUCGGUAUGAUUUGCGAGAUUAUGUUGAUGUCUGAAGGUUUCAUUGAUGCUCGACUCUUGGCCAGAAAGUUCAUCACUCUAUACGUGCUGUGCCGAGAAUUGCUUUCUAAACAGGAUCACUACGAUUGGGGGUUGCGUGCCAUCAAGUCAGUGCUUGUUGUUGCUGGUGCACUAAAACGUUCCGACAGAGGAAGACCGGAAACUGAAGUACUGAUGAGAGCUCUCAGAGAUUUCAACGUUCCUAAGAUUAUUACGGAUGAUAUGCCUGUGUUCACGGGUCUUAUUGGUGAUCUGUUCCCGUCUAUGGAAGUACCCAGGAAGAGAGAUUUGGACAAUGAGGCGGCGAUAAAGAGGGCCGCUCUUGAUCUGAAGUUACAGCCCGAGGAUCAGUUCAUCCUCAAGGUUGUACAAUUUGAAGAGUUGCUAGCUGUCCGACAUUCCGUGUUCGUUAUCGGUAACGCCGGUACAGGUAAAACCCAGCUCUGCAAGGUCCUGUUCCGAACAUACCAGAACCUCAAACGAAAACCUGUUUGGUCUGAUUUGAACCCGAAAGCGGUGACGAACGAUGAGUUGUUCGGUUUUAUCAACCCCUCAACCAGAGAGUGGAAGGACGGAUUGUUCUCGAGCAUCAUGAGAGAUCAGAGUAACAUCACACACGACGGACCCAAAUGGAUUGUCCUGGACGGAGAUAUUGAUCCUAUGUGGAUUGAAUCCCUGAAUACUGUGAUGGACGACAACAAAGUCCUGACCCUAGCUUCCAACGAACGAGUACCCCUAACACCCACUAUGAGAUUGGUAUUUGAGAUCGGUCAUCUUAAGGCUGCCACCCCGGCUACUGUAUCCAGGGCUGGUAUUCUCUACAUCAACCAGGCUGAUUUGGGAUGGAAUCCUUUCGUUACCUCAUGGAUUGAUACUCGAGAGGUUCAGUCAGAAAAAGCCAAUCUUAUCAUCUUGUUCGAGAAAUAUGUACCAACUUGUCUGGAAACUCUCAAAUCGAGAUUCAAGAAGAUCACACCACUGGUGGACAUAUCUAUGAUAAAGAUGUUGUGCUACCUCCUGGAAGGAUUACUAGUACCCGAUAACACACCUCCAGAUUGCAACAAGGAACUGUACGAGCUGUACUUUGUGUUUGCUGCCGUUUGGGCCUUUGGUGGUGCUAUGUUCCAGGAUCAGUUGGUGGAUUACCGAUCAGAAUUCAGCAAAUGGUGGUCCAGCGAAUUCAAAACGAUUAAAUUCCCAUCUCAAGGAACCGUAUUUGACUACUUCAUCUGUGCUGACUCCAAGAAAUUCAUUCCUUGGGCCGAAGCAGUUCCCAAGUUCAACUACGACCCUGAACUACCUCUACAGGCAACACUUGUAGCCACGUCUGAGACUCAUCGUCUUGGCUUCUUCGUAGAUCUACUGAUGAAGAGGCAACGACCUGUGAUGUUGGUGGGUAGUGCUGGUACCGGUAAAACUGUCCUCAUGAACAAGUUGAUGGGAGAACUGGGAGACGACUACACCGUUACCCUGGUUCCAUUUAACAACUACACCACCUCUGCUAUGUUGCAGGGUGUCCUCGAGAAACCACUCGAGAAGAAGGCUGGUAGGAACUUCGGCCCUCCCGGAUCUAAGAAGCUUAUCUACUUCAUUGAUGACAUGAACAUGCCAGAGGUUGAUACAUACGGCACUGUCGAGCCACACACACUCAUUCGACAACACAUUGAUUACAUGCAUUGGUACGACAGAGCUAAGAUGACCCUGAAAGAUAUUCACAACACCCAAUACGUGUCUUGCAUGAACCCUACUGCUGGAUCCUUCACCAUCAACCCUCGUCUCCAACGUCAUUUCUGUGUCUUUGCCGUCAGUUUCCCUGGACAAGAGGCUCAGACAACCAUUUACUCGCUCAUUCUCACCGGUCAUCUGGAACUCAACAAAUUCCCUCAAGCUGUAAAACGUACCGUAGACAAACUGAUUCAAGCCUCGAUACAGCUCCACUCCAAGGUUAACUCAACCUUCCUGCCCACUGCAAUCAAGUUCCAUUACAUCUUCAACUUGAGAGAUUUGAGUAACAUCUACCAGGGUAUCCUGUACUCUCAGCCAGAGGUCACUAAGACUGCCCCUGAUGUUAUCCAACUGUGGAUGCACGAAGCUUCCAGAGUAUACCGAGAUAAACUGAUCGAUCAAAAGGACGUAGAAACAUACGACAAACUCAUCAUAGACGUAUGUAAGAAGAACUUCGAAGAUGUCGACGAGUCUGUGUUCCAACCGGAAGUCAAUAUCUACACACAUUUCUCCCUGGGUAUUGGUGAAGUGAAAUACGCCCCAGUAGCAUCAUACACUGUACUCAACAAUAUUCUCGUGGAAGCGCUCGAGAAUUACAAUGAGAUGAACUCCAUGAUGAACCUCGUACUCUUCAGAGAUGCUAUGGAGCAUGUCUGCAGAAUCAACAGAAUUCUAGAGAGUCCUCGUGGUAACGCUUUGCUUGUUGGUGUCGGAGGUUCUGGUAAACAGUCUUUAGCUCGACUCGCUGCUUUCAUCAGCAAUCUGGAGGUCUUCCAGAUCGCGCUACGAAAGGGAUAUGGUUUGGCUGACCUCAAGUUGGAUAUCGCUGGAUUGUACAUGAAGACUGGUGUGAAGAAUGUACCAACUAUGUUCCUCAUGACUGACAGUCAGGUUCCAGACAACAAAUUCCUCGUUUUGGUCAAUGAUUUACUCUCCACCGGUGAAAUUCCUGAUCUUUUUGCCGAGGAUGAAAUGGCAGAAAUUAUAAGCGGUGUAAGAAACGAAGUUAAGGCUGCAGGUAUCAUGGACUCAAUAGAAAACUGCUGGACCUUCUUCAUCGACAGGAUCAGAACAACACUCAAAGUAGUCCUCUGCUUCUCCCCAGUAGGAUCCACGCUUCGUGUCAGAGGCAGGAUGUUCCCCGCUGUUAUUAACUGCACUAACAUAGAUUGGUUCCACGAGUGGCCCGAAGAGGCUCUGGUCUCUGUCAGUUCCACCUUCCUUGAAGAUCUGGACUUGUUGGAGCCAGAGUACAAGCCAUCUGUUGCUGAGUUCAUGGCUUACGUCCAGAUGACUUGUAACGACAAAUCUAAACAGUACCUUGCCAACGAUAGGAGAUACAAUUACACCACUCCCAAGAGUUUCCUUGAACAGAUUGAAUUGUACAAAAAACUUCUUGGACUGAAACACAACGAGCUUCAACAAAAGAUGGAUCGUUUGUUGAACGGUCUCCUCAAGCUGCAAAGUACAUCUUCCCAAGUAGAUGAUCUCAAGGCUAAACUUGCCUCUCAAGAAAUUGAGUUGAAGCAGAAGAACGAAGAUGCUGAUAAGCUUAUUCAGAAGGUCGGUGUUGAGACAGAGAAAGUAAGCAAAGAAAAAGAAAUCGCCGAUGCCGAGGAGGUCAAGGUCGACGGCAUCAACAAGGAAGUCACGAUAAAGGCUUCUGAUUGUGAACGGGAUUUGGCUAAGGCUGAGCCUGCUCUUCUUGCUGCACAAUCUGCUCUGGAUACCCUCAACAAAAACAACUUGACUGAGUUGAAAUCGUUCGGUCAGCCUCCACCAGCUGUGAUCAAUGUUGUUGCUGGUGUGCUAGUGCUACUGAGUCCUCCCAAUAAAAUCCCCAAAGACAGGGGCUGGAAGGCAGGUAAACUUCUCAUGGCAAAGGUCGAUCAGUUCCUUGAUCAACUUAUUACCUAUGACAAGGAGAACAUCCACGAGAGCAACCUGAAAGCAAUCGAACCUUUCCUGGCACAACCUGAGUUCGAUCCUGAGUUCGUUAAAUCGAAGUCUCUAGCUGCUGCUGGUCUUUGUGCUUGGGUCGUGAACAUCAUCACUUUCUAUAAAGUGUUCUGUGAUGUCGAGCCUAAGAGGAUGGCCUUGGCACAAGCCAAUACAGAUCUAGCUUCUGCUGAAGAAAAGUUGACUGUUAUCAAAGCAAAGAUCAAAGAACUAGACGACAAUUUAGCUGAGCUGACUGCAUCAUUUGAGAAAGCAACUUCUGACAAACUUCGUUGCCAACAAGAAGCGGAAACAACCCAGAAGACUAUUUCUCUUGCCAAUCGUCUGGUGGGAGGUUUAGCAUCUGAAAACGUCAGGUGGGCGGAUACUGUUGAAGAGUUCAAGAUUAUGGCCUCCAAGCUACCCGGUGAUGUCCUGAUGAUAACAGCAUUUAUUUCAUACUUAGGUUACUUCACUAAGGGUUACCGAGAUGAUUUAAUGAACGAUUGCUUCAUUCCAUAUCUCCAAAAACAGAAAGUGAAAAUUCCGAUCACCGAGGAAACAGACAUUCUUCAGAUUCUGAUUGACGAUGCCGACAUUGCAUCCUGGAAUAACGAGGGUUUGCCCUCAGACAGGAUGUCCACAGAGAACGCAACUAUUCUCUGUAACGCCACAAGAUGGCCCCUCAUGGUAGAUCCUCAGCUUCAGGGCAUCAAGUGGAUCAAAAACCGAGAGGGCGAUGAGCUGAAGGUUAUCAGACUCGGACAGAAAGGUUAUCUAGAGGCUAUCGAAAGAGCCAUUUCAAAUGGUGACUGUGUUCUCAUUGAGAACUUGGAAGAAGAUAUGGAUCCAGUGCUGGACCCUGUCAUUGGACGUAAUACCAUCAAGAAAGGACGUGCCAUCAAGAUUGGUGACAAAGACGUCGACUACAGUCCCAACUUCCGUCUUAUUUUGCAUACUAAACUUGCAAAUCCUCACUACAAGCCAGAGUUACAAGCCCAGUGUACUUUGAUUAACUUCACUGUGACCAGGGAUGGUCUGGAGGACCAGCUCCUGGCUGAGGUCGUAUCAAAGGAGAGGCCUGAUCUUGAGGCAACUAAAUCACAGCUUACAAAGCAACAGAACGAUUUCAAGAUCACGCUAAAGGGUCUUGAGGACAAUCUACUGUCUAGGCUUUCUGCUGCUGAAGGCAACUUCUUGGGAGACACUGAACUCGUCGAGAAUCUAGAGAAAACCAAAAAGACAGCGAAUGAGAUUGAGAUUCAAGUUAUCCAAGCCAAAGAAACCGAGAUUGCUAUCAACGAGGCGAGAGAGUUCUACCGUCCUGCUGCUGCUCGAGGCUCACUUCUCUAUUUCAUCCUCAACGAUCUGAACAAAAUCAAUCCCCUCUACCAGUUCUCCCUCAAAGCUUUCAAUGUUAUUUUCCACAAUUCUAUGGACAGAGCAGAAGCUUCCGAGGAACUGAAGAUUCGUGUAGAGAACCUGAUCGACAGUUUAACUUACUCUGUCUUUGUGUACACCACCAGAGGUCUGUUCGAAGCUGACAAGAUCAUCUUCACUUCGCAGAUGACCUUCCAGAUCCUUCUCACUAGAAAAGAAAUUGAUAUUGUUGAGUUGGACUUCCUGCUUCGUUUCCCAAGUGUUCCUAAUGUCAUUAGUCCAGUUGACUUCAUGAACAACUUGAGUUGGGGAGCUGUAAAAUCCCUCAGCCAAAUGGACGAAUUCAAGAAUCUUGAUCGUGACAUCGAGGGAUCAGCUAAGAGGUGGAAAAAGUUCGUGGAGAGCGAGAUCCCAGAAAAAGAGAAGUUCCCUCAGGAAUGGAAGAACAAAUCAUCCCUGCAGAAGCUUUGUAUGAUGAGAGCUUUGAGGCCUGACAGGAUGACUUAUGCUGUAGAAAUGUUCGUUGAAGAAAAGCUGGGAGCAAAAUACACCGAAAGCAGAUCGGUGCCGUUUGCUAAAUCAUUCGAAGAAACUUCCCCCGAGACCCCUGUAUUCUUCAUCUUAUCUCCUGGUGUAGAUCCUCUGAAGGAUGUUGAGAUUCUUGGUAACAAACUUGGUAUCACUAUCGCUAACGGUAAACUACACAAUGUCUCCCUCGGCCAGGGCCAGGAGAUCGUGGCUGAGAAAGCUAUGGAAAUAGCCUGUAAGAACGGAGGAUGGGUUAUCCUCCAGAACAUCCAUCUCGUCAAAAAGUGGCUGAGUACACUGGAAAAGAAGCUCGAAUCAACUGUGAUUGACUCAGAUCCGUUAUAUCGUGUGUACAUGUCAGCUGAGCCUGCCUCCACCGCAGCCUCUCAUAUCAUCCCUCAAGGUAUUCUAGAAGCUUCUAUCAAGAUUACCAACGAACCCCCAACUGGUAUCAAGGCUAACGUUCACAAGGCACUGGACCAGUUCUCCCAGGAUACUCUCGAGAUGUGUGCCAGAGAGAACGAAUUCAAGAGUCUCUGGUUUGCUCUGUGCUACUUCCACGCCGUGGUCUGCGAACGCCGAAAGUUCGGCCCUCAAGGCUGGAACAGGUCUUAUCCUUACAACAUCGGAGAUUUGACUAUAAGUGUAAACGUGCUGUACAACUACUUGGAAAGCAACCCCAAAGUACCAUGGACUGAUCUGAGAUAUCUGUUCGGAGAGAUUAUGUACGGUGGACAUAUUACUGAUGAUUGGGAUAGACGACUGUGUAAGACUUAUCUGGAGGAAUACAUGAAACCAGAUAUGUUGGAGGGUGAUUUACUGCUCGCUCCAGGGUUCAAUAUACCGGGAUCAAUGGAUUACCAGGGUUACCAUAACUACCUGGACGAUGAAUUGCCCCCAGAGAGUCCUUAUCUGUAUGGUCUGCAUCCUAACGCUGAGAUUGGUUUCUUGACGAUGACGUCAGAGCAUUUGUUCAGGACUGUCCUGGAGAUGCAGCCUCGUGAUGGAGCUGGUGGUGGCGCGGUCGGUAUGACCAAGGAGGAGAAGGUGAAAGGACUGCUGGAUGAGAUUACGGAGAGACUACCAGAGGAGUUCAACAUUAUGGAGAUGUUGGGAAGGACCGAGGACAGGUCACCCUACACUGUUGUGGCAUUCCAGGAAUGUGAACGUAUGAACACUCUUACUUCAGAGAUGAAGAGAUCACUGAAGGAACUUGAUCUGGGUCUUAAGGGUGAGCUGACUAUAUCAAACGAGAUGGAGGCUACAAUGAACUCUUUGUUCCUCGACAGAUGCCCUGACAACUGGACAGCUCGAGCCUACCCCUCUCUCCUACCACUCGGAGCUUGGUUUGCUGAUCUCCAGCUUAGAAUCAAGGAGCUCGAGGGAUGGGUCACCGACUUUACCCUGCCCAAUGUUGUAUGGCUCGCUGGAUUCUUCAACCCGCAAUCCUUCUUAACCGCUAUUCAACAAAGCACGGCCCGAAAGAACGAGUGGCCAUUGGAUCGUAUGGUACUGAGUGUUGAUGUUACAAAGAAAUCUAAGGAUGAUUUCAACAGCGCACCCAGGGAGGGAGCUUACAUUCACGGGCUGUUCAUGGAAGGAGCCAGAUGGGAUUCUCAAUCAGGUAUGAUUGCUGACUCGCGUCUAAAGGAGCUCACUCCAGCCAUGCCUGUGAUGUUCAUCAAGGCAGUAACUGUUGACAGACAGGACACUAAGAAUGUGUAUGAUUGUCCGGUUUACAAAACCAGGGAAAGAGGUCCUACAUACGUGUGGACCUUCAACUUGAAGACCAAAGAGAAACCGGCCAAGUGGACUGUAGCUGGAGUCGCUCUUCUGCUCUCGUCCUAAACCUGCUAACAUAUGUGAACGUGGCGAGUUGCUGUCAAUCGAAAUUUUCCGUUGUUGUCUUUUGUUGUUGUAUGAAAAGAAAUGUUAAUGUUAUAUUUCUACUUUGAAACUUUCGCCUGAAAGAUUAUCGUUCUGAGAAAAAGUUAAAAACUCUUUUUUGAUUCUGUAAAAUAAUAUAAUGUGUGCAGUAUAUAUUGCACAGUUUGUGCUUAACUCUUGAUUUUCUUUUCUUUUUGUUAAAAGUAUUACUUGAUCGUAUGUUUGUACAAAACUUACAAGCUAAAAAUUCCUUAUACAGUUUCUUCUGAACCCAAUUUA